GGCAGUUGUGGUUCCAUUAAUAGGGGAAAAGAAAAAAAAAUCCUGCAGAAGCCCGGAAGCCCAGAGAAGCCCGGACUGGAUGCUUCAGAAAGGAGGUCUCAGCCCUCGGAAAAGGACUGAAAGAAUUCUCAGGUAUCUGGUGAGAUAACUACAGUACCAGAUACUAGGGGUGUUUAUAGUUCUGCUGAAACAUCCUUCAGGACUCUGUACCACCAAGAACAAUGGAGGCCAGCAGGAAGCUCAUUUGCAGACAAAGGCAAGUCCUUUUUUUCUUUCUCCUAUUAGGCUUCCCUCUAACGACUGCAGGGGAACUGAGGCGCUAUUCUGUGGUGGAGGAAAAGGAGGGUAGGUCCUUUGUAACCAAUUUAGUAAAAGACCUGGGUCUUGGGCAGCUGGAACUCUCCCGGAGAGGAGCUAAGGUCAUUUCUAAAGGUAACAAACUACAUUUGCAGCUGGAUCAGGAGACAGGGGAUUUGCUGUUAAAUGAGAAAGUGGACAGGGAAAAACUGUGUGGGCAUACAGAGCCAUGCUUGCUAAGCUUCCAAGUGUUGCUAGACAACCCCUUGGAUAUUUUUCAAGCUGAGCUAGAAGUCACAGACAUAAAUGACCACUCACCAGAAUUCCUGGACAAAGAGAUCAUGCUAAAGAUAUCAGAAAGCAGUCUUCCUGGAGCUACAUUUCCUCUGAAGAAUGCUCAGGACAUGGAUGUAGGCCAAAACGGUAUUGACAAGUAUCUGAUCAGUUCCAAUUCCUAUUUUCGAGUGCUCACUCGGAAACGAAGCGAUGGCAAGAAAUACCCUGAACUGGUACUAGACAGAGCACUGGAUAGAGAGGAGGAAGCUGAGCUCAGGCUAACCCUCACAGCACAGGAUGGUGGCUCUCUGCCUAGGUCUGGAACCACUGAAGUCCACAUUGAAGUCCUGGACAUCAAUGAUAACGCUCCUCAAUUUGAGCAGCUUUUUUACAAAGCACAGAUCCCUGAGGAUAGUCCAAUAGGCUUUCUGAUCAUCACUGUCUCUGCUACAGACAAGGACAUUGGAGUCAAUGGACAGAUCUCCUAUUCACUUUUCCAGGUUUCAGAUGAUAUUAGCAAAACAUUUUCAAUCCACCCCUUGACAGGGGAAGUGCGAUUGAAAGAACACCUUGAUUUUGAAAAGACUCAGUCCUAUGAAAUCAAUAUUGAAGCAAGAGACGCUGGGACCUUUUCUGGAAAAUGCACGAUUCUGGCCCAAGUCUUGGAUGUGAAUGACCAUGCUCCAGAGAUUAUCCUGUCUGCAUUUACCAACUCCAUUCUUGAAAACUUACCAGAAACCAUGGUGGCAGUUUUUAGCGUUUCUGAUCUAGAUUCCGGAGAAAAUGGGAAAGUAAGUUGUUCCAUUCAGGACGAUCUACCCUUCUUCCUAAAGCCUUCUGGGGAAAACUUUUAUACGCUGUUAUCACAAAAACCACUGGACAGAGAGAGUGUAGCAGAAUACAACAUCACCAUCACCGUUGCAGACAUGGGGAGUCCCAUCCUGAAAACACAAGUCAACUUAACAGUGCAGGUAUCUGACAUCAACGACAACGCCCCCAUCUUCACCCAAACCUCCUAUACCAUGUUCAUCCGUGAGAACAACAGCCCUGCCCUGCACAUAGGCACCAUCAGUGCCACAGACUCAGACUCAGGCUCCAAUGCUCACAUCACUUACUCGCUGCUGCCGCCCCAUGACCACCAGCUGGCCCUCGCCUCGUUCAUCUCCAUCAACGCAGACAAUGGGCAGCUGUUCGUGCUCAGGGCACUGGACUAUGAGGCCCUGCAGGCCUUUGAAUUCCAUGUGGGUGCCACAGACGGAGGUUCGCCCGCUCUCAGCAGCCAGGCGCUGGUGCGCAUGGUGGUGCUGGACGACAAUGACAAUGCGCCCUUCGUGCUCUACCCGAUGCAGAACGCCUCUGCACCCUACACUGAGCUGCUGCCCAGGGCGGCAGAGCCCGGAUACCUGGUCACCAAGGUGGUGGCUGUGGACCGCGACUCUGGACAGAAUGCCUGGCUGUCGUUCCAGCUGCUCAAAGCUACGGAGCCCGGGCUGUUCAGUGUGUGGGCACACAAUGGAGAGGUACAUACCUCCAGGCUGCUGAGCGAGCGCGAUGUGCACAAGCACAGGCUGAUACUGCUAGUCAAGGACAAUGGCGAUCCUCCGCGCUCUGCCAGUGUCACACUGCAUGUGCUGCUGGUGGAUGGCUUCUCUCAGCCCUACCUGCCUCUGCCAGAGGUGGCACGUGAUCCUGAUCAUGAGGACAGUGAGCUCACAUUGUACCUGGUCAUAGCCUUGGCUUCUGUGUCUUCUCUCUUCCUGGUGUCUGUGCUGCUGUUUGUGGGGGUGAGGCUGUGCAGGAGAGCCAGGGAGGUCUCUCUGGGUGGCUGCUCUGUGCCUGAGGGACACUUUCCUGGCCAUCUGGUGGAUGUCAGUGGCACAGGGACCCUGUCUCAGAGCUACCAAUAUGAGGUGUGUCUUACUGGAGACUCUGGGACUGGUGAGUUCAAAUAUCUGAAACCAAUUUUACCUAAUUUUCAAGACCAUUCUUUUAGACCAGAAAUGGGUGAAAAUCCCAACUCUAGGAAUGACUGGAGUUUUGGUAUUCAGUUAAAAUAACUGCUUUUCAUCAUGUGUACUGGAUUUUAUCAUAUACUCAACUACUUUUCUUGCUGUGCCCAUUUUGAACUUCUAAAACAUACUUAAAACUUGUUUGCAGGCUAUUCUCUCCAUGGUUUUAGAAAGUAUCUCAGCUUUUCUCCAAACUGGAAGAUGAAAUGUUUUAAUCUUGUUUGGUUUUGUUUGUUUGUUUGUUUGUUUAAUGUAUCACUAGUUGCACAAAUCUUUGUUCUGGGAUGGUUUGGAAAUGUACAAGAGGGUAAAAAGGGGAAAUCAAUUCAACCGAAUCAGAUGGAAUUCAGGGUGUGUUCUCUCACUGAAUACACCCGACAUAGCAAUGCUCAAACACAACGAGGUCUAAUCAGAUAGGAGAACGAGGGGCUCACUGGGACCUCUGCCUUUUGCUUUAUUUGGCCUCUACUGGACUGUCUUUGUUGAUGUUUUCUCUUAAAAAUCUUACUUAGCCACAUGGUUCCUCAUUAGCUUGCUAUUAGUUUUCAUAUCACUACUUUAAGCUGCUUUCUACUUUGUUCGUUUGCUUGCUUGCUUGCUUGCUUGCUUGCUUGUUUUUUGGUUGGUGUUGAGGUUUCAGAAUGGUGUCCCUUAUUUACCUGGUAGGUUGAAAGAGCAUAGCAGUAGCAUUGAGUUUUCACUUCUGUUAAAUACUUGCCAGUCAGAGAAACUGCAUCAGCCAGUAUUGAUUUUUUUUCCUUUCUUUGUUGCCAUUCCACAUUUCUUUCUUGCCAGUCAUGUGCUUAGUUAAAAGAAUACAUUUUCACUGUCUUUUUUUUUUUCUCUAGCAAAUAGAUUAGGGCAUAUGGUUAGCUUAUAGUGAGAUGUAAGAUGUGGUGCCUUCCACAGCUCUUCAGUUGAAGAGAAACUGGGGGGGGGACCUAUGCAUACCAAGUAAGGUCUGUCUCUCUGAUCUACCACUUUCAAUACCCAAGAACACUUGUAAAGGGAGAUGUCUCACCUGGAAAGGGAUUUCACCCUUUGUUCAUGUUAUGUUCUUCCUAGGAUGUUCGUGGUAUAAUGAGCGCACAAAUACUCAUGUUGGCUCUGUGAUAGGUGUGACGGGCUAAAGUAGCAUGAAAUGGACUUAGCUGUGAUGAUCCCUGGCAACUCAGGAGUUCUCAUAUUAUUCCCCGCGUUGCCAAUUUCUUAGCCUUUUUAAACAUUCAGAAAUAAAGGAAGUCCCAUGUCAUUAUUCUAGCUUUUAUGCUAUGGUCAGUUCUUAUGCUAUGGAAUCUAUUUGUGUGUUUGUGUGUUUGUGUGCCUGUUGGUGCAUGAGUGCUUGCAGAUGUCCUUGCGCCUCUGCAUGUUGAGGUCGGAAGUUGAUGUCUACCUUCGUUGCUCAGUUAUCUAGACUAGCCAGGGAGCUCUGUGGAAACACUGACUAACUGGUCAUGAUUCUGGGCAAUAAAAGGAAAAGUCUGAGAUCCAAUCCUAGUUACCUGAUUCUAAUGACCCAGUUCUUAGUAAUAUGCUUUACUGAUAAGCAUAUACUGGUAGCAUUAUUUUCCUAUGAAGAGAAAUCCAUUUGUCCCACUCCAUGAAUAAAAUGACCCUGUGUAAAUGUAAUCUUUAGCUCAUAGUUUGUAUUUCUUUCUAUAGCAGUGACCACACUGCUUAGAAAAUAACCCAAAGGGCUCACAAAAAUCAAUGACCUAAGUAAAUUGGAUCACACUACAACUGCUCUCUUCAUGACGAAGAAAUCAGCCUGAUUAUAUUCUUGUGGGCACUCAAUGAGUCACAUGCUUUAUUGUGGAAGUGAGUUGUCCUAUAUGGGCAGCAGAAUCACUCUAUGGUUGUGUUUAUUGGACCUUAUCUGUCUCUUCAGUCAUCUUCUAUAAACUCUAAAAUAUUAUACACUUCAUAUUCAGUGGGCCCAUUAUUAAAAUUAAAUAUCUUAUGCUCACUUCAGCAUUGUGUAUGUGUUUGAAAGCAAUUGCUUUCUAGAAGUUUAGCUGAAAACUAAUUUUAAGAAAACUACAAGCAAUAUUAUGGAUGAAUUUUCACACUUAAAUAACUGAGAGAUUCUUGAAAUUCUGUAAAAAAAAUGAUGUUUCUAAUUACUUUCUGGUGCAGUUAACCUUUUAUCUUUGGCAAAAUAAUGCCCGUUGAUGCCUUCUUUUAAAUAAUACUAUAAAACAUCAGAGGACCAUACAUGACUUUUUAAGAAGAAUGAUUUGGCACAACUGAAUAAGAAAUUCUUUAGCACUUAAUUAUGCUAUUCAUAUAGAAGCUAUCAGUUUUUGGUGUUUUCAAACAAUAAUCCAUAUUUAUGUCCUGUUCUGUUUCUCUGUUGCUGUCAGAAAAUUCACAAGAAGUUGCUUAAAACAAUAAAAUGUAUUAUCCCAUAGUUUUGUAAAUAAAAAAAAAAAACCAAUAAGUGUCUAAUUGAACUAACAAGAGAAGUCCAUGGGAACACAUUGUGCUCUGGAGACUUUAUAGAACCUUUUUUGUCUUUUCCAUCCAGAUGUUGCCCACAUUACAUGGUGCAUGGUCCCUUCAACUUCACAGCAUGUAACGUUUCUUGUAUAGCCAUUUUCUCUGACCCACUCUGAAAAUAUUCUUUGAAUAAAAGUUCUUUAUCAAAAUAAAUAAAUAAAUAAAUAAAUAAAUAAAUUCUUUAUCCAAA